UCCGCGAGCGGCCGCUUCUGUGUGCAGCUGGCCUGGUGAUCGGGACGGGUUCGGCAGUCUACUUUUAUAACAAAUAUUACGGCGACGGUGAGGAUGAACCGGCCACCUUGGAGAUCGUGGACCGUGUUGUCACGUUUGAAGAGGAUCAUGAUCCCACCCUGGACCAGGAGGACCCAGUCCUUGUUCAGUUUGUGGAUGAGGAGGUUGGGCAGCGUCCCUGUCUGGCUUUAGUCCCUUGGUCUGGACCUCUGUGGGUUCCCAGCUCUCUGACUUAUUACCUUACCCUUGCUGGGAGGAUGAUAGUGAGAGAGCUGGCAGUGUUAAACACACAGAUUUUCAUGAUGGAGCAGCCUAUUUUCUCCUGUUUCACUCCUGUAGGGAGGUUGGUGUGGGAGGAACUGUCUUCUCAAACUGAACAGAAUGUGGAUGAGGAGGUUCAGCAGCAGCCCGGUCUGACUUUAAUCUCUUGGUCUGGACCUCAGUGGGUUUCAAGCGCCCCUGUCAAACUGCAGCCAACGUAUUGCCUUACCCAUACUGGGAACGCGCUGGUGAGAGAGCUGUCAGUAUUAAAUACACAGAUUUUCAUGAUGGAGAAGCCCAUUUUCAUCUGUUUCACUCCUGUAGGGAGGAUGGUGUGGGAGGAACUGACUUCUCAAACUGAACAGCCAAAUAGUGAAGACUCUGGUUUUCCCUUUGAGAAGAUGCAGCUGGUUGGGAACUGGGGUUCGUUUCAUUUCCAUACCUGGAUAAUCCGUUAUGGACGAGUGCAGCAAAACGAAGAGGACAUGCAUCACCUGUGCAUUGUGAGGGGAGUGGAGAAACAGCUGUGGUGGAGCAGAGUCAUUCAGGAAAAAAUCCUGGACCCAUGGGGUAAUGUCCAGGUGGUCCUCACCAACAAGGAGGUGACUGGUAUUAAGUACCUUGGUAGAAGGAUCCAUGGACUCAGGUCUUGCCUCGUCAAGAGGAGGUCAGAGUUCACCUAUUAUGAGGACGCCCAGCAGGUGGAUAUCUCCACCACAGUGGAGGGGUUCCAGGAGAGGGGGGAUGACAUGAUGACGUAUCAGUUCUCUACCUCUGACAUUAUCACCACCCCUCAUGAGCCGUCCUCUGGCUCCUCUCAGCAGUUCCCCCAGGAUUCUCCACCUUCCCCUCCGCCUCCCCGGUUCCCUUCCCCUCCACCUUACCACUUCACCCAGGACCAGACCCCUGAUAGCACUUCUCAGGAGUUUGUGGAGGAGCAACAUAAUGUUGCAGAUGUGCCCCAGCUGUGGAGUUACUUUGGAAACCAAGGGACAAGCAACUUCUCUCUGAGGCUGGCUGGUAUCCGAUGUGCUAUGGAGGCUCUGACAUCCUCAGACAGUACCUCCCUUAAUUACCUCACCCACGCUGGGAGGAUGGUGUUGAGUGGACUGUCCGAGCUCAACCAGCAGGAUGUGAGCCAGUUUCAGCAGGCCUACGACAUCCUGGUGAACUUCAUUAAUGAGCCAGCAAACAGGGAGCGACUAGAGCUGGAGAUGGCUCUUGUAGGAGUAGGUUUACAUGCAAGCUUUAGCGUUAGCUGCAGGCACCGUCUGCUCAUCCAACAUCUACUCAAUGAGACUUUCUAA